UGAUAUGCAGGCACUUAGAAAUUUCAUAAUUGGUGAACAUGUAAUUCAAAUUAAACUGUCCAAAUUACGGGUCCCAGUUCACGUGUAACAAGAACGAAUAAUUACGCUUAUUCGAUUAUCUGACUAUCGGAUCGGUGGGCAUUCAUUCAACGGCAGAAAAUGGAAAAUAUCCAAUGGUCAUAUUUCGACAAGCAAGUGUCCAUGAAUCAGAGGUUAGGAUUGCUCCAGCAAUCUGAUUUUUUGCCUGUCUCCUAGUGACAAUGGGUUUUACAAUUUAGCCGGUUUAAUCUGAGGUUAUGUAAAGCGUACAAUUUCUAAGCGACCGUUUAUCAAGUGUCAUGCGCUGCCAGAGUAUCAAAUAGCUCUCCCUUCAAUAUUGUAGCCGAGCCUGAGUUCGAGCAGAAGCCCAGGCCCGUUUUGGAGCAUCGUUAGCUGGGCCAAGCCCAACUUCAUAGGUUGUUCACAUCCAACCAGUUUGGACUAUAACUUAGUGUCCACCCAGCAGAUAACUUUCAGCAUGUUAAGUGCGUGCGUAAUCCAACCCGUCCAAAAGGAUGGUCCUACCGUGAGGAUCACAUUACAUAAAAAAUCAGCCCCAUCCACUGAUCAGGCCAACAACACCCUCAUUUUGUUAUUUAUCAGCAACAAAAAAAAUUAUUUUCUACGGUCCCCUUGAUGAAUGGAUGUGGCUGAUUUUUUCACAAGUGGUCUUCAUGAUGGGCCAAUCUAUCCAACGGGUUAGAUGUCGUGCACACAUGAUAGGUUGGAAAUUAUCCACUAGCUGGACCAUAACUCAUUGUCCAAGCCGUUGGACAUGAGGAUUUCUGUGUCCAACUAGUUGGACGUGUGCAUUUCUAUUUAUGUUGACCAAAGCAACUCAUGAAGGGUCAAAGAGACACACCCAUGUGGAGCCCACCCACUAUUAUACACCAAAUCUGUGUGUAUAAACAUCACAUGAAUUCAAACUAUCUUGUGAAACACAUCUCUAACUUCUCAUACUUCUUCAUCACCUUAGAGAGGGAGCAUGACAAUAGACUCAAAAUUGAUUGAAGAAGGUGAAGCUUUCAUCAGGAAGAAGGCCUUCUUACAUUGCACUUCCAACGACGACACUGAUGACGAUCUUCGAAGCUUCAGAUCAUGUCUCAGAUGGAUGUGUUUAGACCAAUCCAACUGUUUUCGAGCCAUCAUUUCAUGGACCCUUUUCAUCCUUCUCACCAUCGUUGUCCCCACCUUAUCGCAUUUUAUCCUGGCAUGCUCGAACUGUGAUUGGAAGCAUCAACGGCCUUAUGACAUCGCAGUUCAGCUAUCUCUUUCUAUCAUCGCCACCCUCUCGUUCAUCUGCCUUACGCACUUCAUAAGCAAGUAUGGCCUACAGAGGUUCCUCUUCCUUGAUAAGCUCUGUAACGAUAGCGAGAAGGUUCAGCAGCGAUAUACAGCACAGCUCAAUAGAUCUUUCAAGCUCCUAUUCAUAUUCAUUCUCCCCGGCUUCGUGGCUGAGAGCGCAUACAAGAUAUGGUGGUACUCCUCUGGUGGCACCCGGAUACCCUUCCUAGGAAAUGUAUACAUGAGCAACGCCAUGGCGUGCUUCUUAGAGCUCUGUUCAUGGCUCUACAGGACAUCCACCUACUUGCUCAUCUGCAUGCUCUUCCGCCUCAUUUGCCAUCUCCAGAUACUGCAAUUGCAGGACUUUGCUCUGGUCUUCCAGGAAGAAUCAGAUGUGGCGAUGGUCUUGGCAGAGCAUUUGAGAAUUCGGAGGCAGCUAAAGAUCAUAAGCCACCGGUUCCGAGCUUUCAUUGUGUUGGCUCUCAUCUUUGUCAGUGCCAGCCAGCUUGCUUCACUGCUGAUCACACUAAAGUCCCAUGCAGAUGUCUAUAUCUUCAUGGCUGGAGAACUCACACUAUGCUCAGUGGGCCUCGUCACUGGUAUUUUCAUUUGCCUACGAAGUGCAGCGAAGAUCACACACAAGGCCCAGGCCAUCACGAGCCAUGCCACCAAGUGGCACGUGUGUGCCACCAUCGACUCUUACGACACACCCGAUUACGAUACACCAAUGCAGAUAGCUUCCUGCCCGCGUAUCUUUGCAUUGGAUGUCUAUUCGGAUGAAGAAGAGGCUGUGGAUGAAGAUGACAUGGAUGACACUAAAUUCAUCCCGCCCCACGCCCACACCAUCUCCUUCCAAAAGCGACAAGCACUGGUGACUUAUUUAGAGAACAACAGAGCUGGCAUCACAAUUUUCGGGUUCAUGUUGGAUAGGACAUGGCUGCACACCAUUUGUGCUAUUGAAUUAUCUUUGGUCUUAUGGUUGCUGCAAAAGACUGUUGGGUUUUCUUAGAGAGAGAUGAGAGUUCUCUCUUUUCUUUCAUUUUCUUUCAUUUUAUUUUGUUGUAUAUUCUCUCCAUUUUAAGAAAGUAGAAUGCAUCUCUUUCUCUCAAGCGUAUAUAGGCAAAUUUCUGCAGCAAUGACAGUGGGGUUUAAAGGCAGCAGAAACCUUUGUACGGAAAGAUUGAGGAGAAAUGUGCAAGCUUUUCAGAUUUUUCAGAUUUGAGGUUUUUCUCAGUAAAUUAUAUCAGGAAAAUCUCACAGAAGAUAUGACAAUAAAAGAUAUUUAUUAUAAUUUAAUAAAUCAUUUUAAGAACUUAAAUAUUAUAUAUGUGCGUGUAAUUAAAUAACAAAAAAUUAAUUAAAAAUCACAAUAAUUUUAUGAAAAAAUUGCAGAAAAUCAUAAACUGUUACAAUUUUAGGAGUCACAAUUUUUGUCAUAAUACCCACAUUACAACUUAAUUACUACGAAUCAUCACCGUAGCUUUGUCCUAAGCUCCUAGCUAUUCGGGCCAGAUAUAUGAAUCUUGUUUGGGCCAUCCAACCUCUCAAGAUUAUUUUUACCACCGGCUCCAUUGCUGGCUGUUAUUCCUGGCUUUGUGAUGAAAGAAAGAGGCCGCUUUCAAAAAUGUAAAGUGCCUGCUGCUCUUUGAGAUUAGUCCCACAUCGAAAAGAGACACAAGAGAGCAAUGAAAUCUCAUGUAUAAAAGCAACGGAAGGCAACGUACCAAAUCAUACCUUUCUCGGCCUUUUGGCUAAGAUCAAGUGUAGUAUCUGUUCUUAUCAGUUUAAUAUCUGAUACGUGGCCCAUCGGGUCACAUGAUAUUAAAUUAAUUUCUUGUGGGGGAGGAUCCACUACAGUAGCUUGCUGCUGGGGUCCUCGAGUGUCGCCCUUGCGUUGCACUAUUGCGUGGGCUGGCGCACCCCUCCCAAA